UGCCCGGGCAUGACGGCGGCAUGAGCACGGACGGGGAGGAGCCGGAGGAGCCGGGGUGGAAGGCGGUGGCCUCGCCCAAGGCGUCAGCCAUGCCUGAGAAGCGCGGGAGCGCUCAGGCCGCGAGCGGCAGCUGGCUACAAGGCUUUGGCCAACCAAGUGUUUACCAUGCUGCUAUUGUCAUCUUCUUAGAAUUCUUUGCUUGGGGCCUGUUGACAACUCCAAUGUUAACUGUUUUACAUGAAACAUUUCCUCAACACACAUUCCUCAUGAAUGGCCUCAUUCAAGGUCUAAAGGGUCUGCUCUCCUUUCUGAGUGCUCCACUCAUAGGCGCUCUCUCUGAUGUGUGGGGCAGAAAACCCUUUCUCCUUGGCACAGUCUUCUUUACCUGCUUCCCUAUCCCACUGAUGAGGAUCAGCCCAUGGUGGUAUUUUGGCAUGAUUUCUGUAUCUGGAGUCUUCUCAGUCACUUUCUCUGUAAUAUUUGCCUAUGUAGCUGACUUCACUCAAGAGCAUGAAAGAAGUACUGCAUAUGGAUGGGUCUCAGCCACCUUUGCAGCUAGUCUGGUUACCAGCCCAGCCAUUGGAACAUACCUCUCUGCAAAUUAUGGAGAUAGCCUUGUUGUGCUGGUAGCCACAGUGGUGGCUGUCCUAGACAUCUGCUUCAUUUUAGUGGUAGUUCCAGAAUCUCUGCCAGAGAAAAUUAGACCUGCUUCCUGGGGAGCUCAGAUUUCUUGGAAACAAGCGGACCCUUUUGCGUCAUUAAAGAAAGUUGGAAAAGAUUCUACUGUCUUACUGAUCUGCAUCACAGUGUUUCUCUCAUACCUUCCUGAAGCUGGGCAGUAUUCAAGCUUUUUUCUCUAUCUCAGGCAGGUCAUAGGUUUUGGAUCUGUGAAAAUUGUAGCAUUCAUAGCUAUGGUAGGAAUUCUGUCCAUUGUGGCUCAGACGGUCUUCCUUAGUAAAUGGAUGAGAGCAUUAGGAAACAAGAAUACUGUCCUCCUUGGUUUGGGUUUCCAGAUGUUCCAACUUGCCUGGUAUGGUUUUGGAUCUCAGGCCUGGAUGAUGUGGGCAGCAGGAACUGUGGCUGCCAUGUCCAGCAUUACAUUCCCAGCAGUCAGUGCCCUCAUCUCUCGGAAUGCAGAGUCAGAUCAGCAAGGGGUUGCCCAGGGGAUUGUAACUGGAAUCCGAGGGCUAUGCAAUGGCCUAGGGCCAGCGCUGUACGGCUUCAUAUUCUACAUGUUCCAUGUUGAACUGAGUGAGAUGGGCCCAAAAUUGAAUUCUGAUGAUCCCCUACAGGGAGCUUUCAUCCCAGGCCCGCCGUUUUUAUUUGGAGCAUGUAUAGUUCUUAUGUCUUUUUUGGUUGCCUUAUUCAUCCCUGAAUACCGUAAAACCAGUGGAGUUCAAAAACAUAACAACAGCAUCAGUGGCAGCCUAAGCACGCCGCCUGAACGGGGCAGUGAUGAGGACAUUGAGCCAUUACUGCAAGACAGCAGCAUCUGGGAGCUCUCCUUUGAAGAACCUGGAAAUCAGUGCACUGAGCUAUAACCCAACAGUACAGAAGGUUCUGCAGAGAGCCAUGGAGGAAGCUGCACCACAUGGAGACUUCAUGGUGCUGGAGGGGCGAUGCUAGCAGCAUCCUUUGGGCCAAGUUUAAUAAGUUACUCUUCUCAUGCCUCUGCCCUUCACUCUUCUGCCUCUUUCUAUUCCUUUACUUCCAUCUUUUUCCCCCCUCUUAGGAAAGAUUGAAAAUGCUUCACUGUAAAUAAUAUGAAACUUUCAAGAUUAUCUAGAAUCUAGACUUUAAAAUUUUAAUAGAAAAAAAAUCAUGUCUGUGAUAGGAAAGGUCAUCUUUCCUUCAGUAACUGGAACAAGAGUGACAGCAGUUUUUCUAUGUCCUUUUGGUAGAAGGUGUGGGAUGAUAGUAUUAACUGCCUCUUUUCAUUCUCUUUCUGUGAAUCAUUCCUGCUUAGCCCAUAAAUGUUGAUGAGUGGCCAUUCUUAAGAGUCACUUGGUAUCAGGGAUCUACUGACCUUGUCCAGAGGUCAGGUGAAAACCUAGUUUUGCUUUCUCUUUAUUUUCUCUACUUCUUAAGCUCUUGAAAAAUGAACAUUAAUAACAUUGAUCAAUGAUCACCUUUAUCAGAUAAAGGAAAUCUUUCUUAGAAAAUUUAAAUUAUGUUGAACAAGCAGCUUUGUGUCCAGAUUGAGGCUAGCCAUAGCAGCCUACUAAGAUCCUAUUUCAAAGCAAAGCAGUUAACCAUGAAGCCUUCUAGUGGCAACAAAGAAAUCAGCGUCUACUUCCAGAAAAGUGCUUUGUUUAAAAAUGUUGAACAUUCCUAAAAGGAAUGAGAGUAACAGGUAGCAAUGACAUUUGUUUCCAAGUUCAUGCUCACAAUAUGCUACUCUAUGCUUCUUCCCAUCUCUCUAUGUCCUCCUUGUUUUCUUUACCAUAAUCCUGCCUUAACUGUUAAUGUAGAAUGUGUUUAUUUUUAACUAAUCUGUAUCUCAGUCUGUUAUUCUGAUUUUAGAAUCUUUUGGGAAUGUGCAUAUCAAAAUCCUUUCUAAAAUAUGAGGGUUAGUGAAUCUCAGCUUCAUGAUAAAUGUCUUGCUAAUUUUUGAGAUGUUUUAUGGACAAAGGAAACUACAGAUUUUAUAUUUUGCUGCACAGUAAAUGGACCAUUAACUUGGGUCUAUCUUUUUUUUUUUUUUGGAAAAGAAACUAUAUACAUUUUAUUUUAAUAUAUUUAAAAACAGAACAUAUGUGAGUAAACAGACAGCAUGCUGACACAGAACAAGUUUUAAACAAUCAUUUAACGUGUUGACAGAAUUGGCACAGGCAGAGGAAGAAUAGUGAUGGACUAGGGUGGAUGUGAUUACAGGAGUAACUUCUUUGUCGAUGUUUAAAGUUGCUGAGUAACUUGGGUCUAUCUUUAACAAAGCACUCCUUUGAAUGUUUUAUAGGUAUGAAAACAUGUAGAUAUUUGUAAGGAUUUUAAUUUUUUUGAUGGGGUGCUGUGUAAAUCUUGUAUUUAUAAAUAAUGAAGGUAUUGACAGAAAAAAUAUAUACAACUUUUAUAAAGGCUUGUGUACUGACUGAUACAUUUAAAGGAAAAUAUAUUUUGAAGCCUGUUCUGCCAUGAACAGAUAUAACAUAUCUUUUUACUAUGCUGUUGGUUUUUAGGUUACGCUUCCUAAUGCAUAAUAAAUUUUCAACGGAUACUUAUGUCUUAAAAACAAA